CCCUCCGAUUUCCCCGCAGGCUCUCGGGCGGGAACACACUUCGCAGAGACUUUUCCCCGACAAACUUCCAGAAGCUCUGGAGGACGGCCUGAAGGCCCCGGAGUGCGCUAGCAGCAUGUACAAAGACACCGUCUACUCCGCCUUCAAUCUGCUCAUGCACUACCCGCCCCCCUCGGGAGCAGGGCAGCACCCCCAGCCGCAGCCCCCACUGCACAACAAGGCCAGUCAGCCUGCCCAUGGCGUCCCCCAACUCUCUCCUCUCUAUGAACAUUUCAGCAGUCCACACCCCACACCUGCACCGGCCGACAUCAACCAGAAGCAAGUUCACAGGCCUCUGCAGACCUCUGACCUCUCUGGCUUCUACUCUCUGACCUCAGGCAGCAUGGGACAGCUCCCCCACACUGUGAGCUGGUUCACCCACCCAUCCCUGAUGCUAGGUUCCAGCGUACCUGGUCACCCAGCAGCCAUUCCCCACCCGGCCAUUGUGCCCCCCUCAGGGAAGCAGGAACUGCAGCCCUAUGAUCGAAGCCUGAAGACGCAGGCAGAAUCCAAAGCAGAGAAGGAGGCCAAGAAACCAACCAUCAAGAAGCCACUCAAUGCCUUCAUGCUGUACAUGAAGGAGAUGAGAGCCAAGGUUAUUGCAGAAUGCACACUCAAGGAGAGUGCUGCCAUCAAUCAGAUCCUGGGCCGCAGGUGGCACGCACUGUCACGGGAAGAGCAGGCCAAGUAUUACGAGCUGGCCCGCAAGGAGAGGCAGCUGCACAUGCAGCUAUACCCAGGCUGGUCAGCGCGGGACAAUUACGGGAAGAAGAAGCGGCGAUCCAGAGAAAAGCACCAAGAAUCCAACACAGACCCUGGCUCGCCUAAGAAAUGCCGUGCUCGCUUUGGCCUCAACCAGCAGACGGAUUGGUGUGGUCCGUGCAGGAGGAAAAAGAAAUGCAUUCGGUACUUACCCGGAGAAGGCCGCUGCCCCAGCCCCUUUCCUUCCGAUGACAGUACUCUAGGCUGCUCCGGGUCCCCAGCCCCUCAGGACUCACCCUCAUACCUCCUGCUGCCUCACUUCCCUACUGCACUACUCGCUAGCCCUGCGGAACCGGCGCCUACAUCACCAGGUCUCUCUGCGGCACUCAGCCUCCCAGCUCCCUGGGCCCCCACGGCCCCCCAGCGGUGCCCUGCAGAGUACACAGGUACAGCAACAGGAAUUUCGGAGGCAGGCAGCCUAGCAUGCACAGGACACCUGGCCUCCUCCAGGGACCCACUCUUUGAGAAGCAGCAACAGAGCCCCAAAGCACGUGGAAACCGAUCAGGGGCCCUGUUAACUUCUUCUUAGGGUCCAGGUGCUGGAGAUUUCAGAGGCUGCACAACUUCUGCCUGAACCUGGGGCCAUCAAUUCAAACUGCUCCGAGUGGUGCAUCAGAUCUGUGUUGUCAUUUGAUUUAAGGGCAUCUCCUGUGCCGGUGGAAGCCUGCAUCUUUUUACCAUCUGUCUGGUUAGCCAGAUGCCCCCGCCUCCCUUCCUUUCCUGCUAUAGAUCAUAGAUGGACUACCCUGAGUUCAGCUGCUUUCUCUACCCUGCCUCCUCACUCCCCCUGCACUGCCACACCCUCCCCAUACCAGACACUUCAUGGACCAAGAAUGAGUUGGUUUAUCACACAUGUAAGCCUGGUCACAACCACAAAGCUCAAAAUGACAGUGCUUUUCUCUUGAAGGCCUGGAAAAGCCAUGUUUUACAGAAAACUAGCUACCAUUUUUAAGCUGGGCCAGAGGAAUCCUGCCGAAUUCUCAGGAGCUUAUAAGUGGAUGGGAUGAACAAGUUAGUUUAAAUCUAUACCCUAGGCAACAGAAAAACCUGACACUACCUUAAUCUGGCUCUCUACUUCAAAUUACUUGGAAAUGAUUCCUGAGAAACUCAAUCGCCUAAGAAGCCCUGAUAUCAAAGCCCCAAGGCCUGUUACUAGUGGCUGUAGUCAAUAGUUCAAAGAAGUUAUGGCCCCAAAUCCAGUGUGCAUCCCUCCCCAUUCUGAGGGCCUUUAUUACGGAUCCAUUUCCAGUUUAUCCACCCCUUGGGCAGUGGUGAGGGCAAACACAACCUUUUGUGACAGCCAAUAUCUUUCAGCAUGAAACGAGGCCAGCUUCAGAUUUCCUAUGGUUCUGUGGGAAUGAGGACUAUUACAACCAAAACAAUAAGCCCAGAAAACCUUUAGGGAUAGACACUGGGUUUUCACCACAGCCUAAUUUAACCCAUUUAUGAGCCAAGCUUCAACCCUGAGCCUUUAAAAAAAUCUUUUUAAUUUAACUUGUUUUUUUGCCUCCUCACCGUACAUAGCCUGAAUCCAAAGAAAAAGGGCUGUCCCUGUACCCACAUACACCCUUCAACAAAUGCCUUUAAUACCUACUUUAGCCACUGGCUUCUCAGAUUCCAAAGAUCAUGUAUUCUGGUGUAGUGUUGCAGGAAGUUUUGAGAAAAAAGGACCAUUGUAGUAUUCAAAAUAUUUUUGUAUUGUUAAUGCAUCAUCAUAGAAAAACUUUAAAUGUGAGAAUAAAGAUACUUUUUCCUGUUGUUUUUUU